AGUAUACUGAACGGCAUAACCUCAAACCGAGCACAUCCACUUGAAAGACAGAUUGAUUAAAGUUUUUGCCAGUCGUGAUGAGCUCAGCUACCUAGCCGUUGAAAGCUCGUAGCUACAGGUAUCGCGCCGUUUCCAGACACGUGCCGUUUCACCCCUGUUGGACCCGAGUGAGGGUCCUGCAUGUUCUACAAUUCAAAAGAUGUUGCUACCUCGGAUUUCACUACACAGGACAGCGCCUUUGCUUCGAACCUCAUGCCUACGUCAGAUUUCUCGCUCCAAGGUUCCUUUGCAAUCUUUUCGAGGCAAUAGCACGUCAUCAGCUGCUCCCAAAUAUGGCACAAAAAGACCCAUAUUUCCGGAACGUUUACUAGUAUACCAUGCCGGAACAGGGCGCUCGGUGUUUCUGGGAUGUUUGAAGGUUACCACCAUCUUCAUAUUCACAUUCUUCACCUUGGUCGUAGUUCCAACCCAUUUCUUCGCCGAACAUGAGCCGCUAUGGGUUGCUGGCGCUGUCAUGAUAUCUGGAACGGUUCCAAUGUUAUUCGUAGCUUAUAUAUCUUCUCCAUUCGUGGCGAACAUUCACCUACGCUUACCCGCCUUCGCACGACAUUCCCGGGAUUUGUUGACUCGAUAUUCGCAAACUCUUCCUAAAGACGCCCAGCUGGAAAUCACAACUAUGAACUUCAUUGGCAAACCCAGAGUCAGUCUUGUGAAGGUAGCAGAGUUGCGUCCAGUUAAAGAGAGAUUUGGCCUGGUGAACUAUGCCCGGGAUACGAAGGAGAUGAAUUCAAAGAGACCGUGGUGGAUGACGAGGGCUGUCAGGCAGUUUGGUGUACAUGGUGGAACCCGGAUCAAGGAGGGAACUGGAAUCUGGGACAACAUUGCAAGAACGAUUGAGAAGAGGUCAAAUACCUCUCGCGACGUAAAUGCUCCUAAAACGAGCAGCUAAAACGACCUCCACUCCUACCUAACUUUUAAGGUCGACUGACAUUAUUCUGUCUACUGUAAUAUAAAAGUAUCAUCAUCUCUCGGC